AUCGAGCUCUCGCGGGAACAGCGCUUUGCCCUCAGUGCGCAGGUGCGAAGGCUCUUGGCUUCGGGGCCCGGGCAGGGGGGCGGUCUUGAAGACGCGUCGUUUGGUUUGGCCUCAGUGACGGCGCUCUCCGUCUUCAACCGCUGGGCGGAAGGCGUUUGUUAGGGGCCCGGCCAAGAAAGAGGCCCUCGAGGUUCCUGAUGGUGUCCAUGACUUUCAAGCGGAGCCGCAGCGACCGGUUCUACAGCACCCGGUGCUGCGGCUGUUGCCAUGUCCGCACCGGGACGAUCAUCCUGGGGACCUGGUACAUGGUGGUCAACCUGUUGAUGGCAAUUCUGCUGACUGUGGAGGUAACACACCCAAACUCAAUGCCAGCUGUCAACAUUCAGUAUGAAGUCAUUGGCAAUUACUAUUCGUCUGAGAGAAUGGCUGAUAAUGCCUGUGUUCUUUUUGCCGUCUCUGUUCUUAUGUUUAUAAUCAGUUCAAUGCUGGUAUAUGGAGCAAUUUCUUAUCAAGUGGGUUGGCUGAUUCCGUUCUUCUGUUACCGGCUUUUUGACUUUGUUCUCAGCUGCCUGGUUGCUAUCAGUUCUCUGACUUAUUUGCCAAGAAUCAAAGAAUAUCUGGAUCAGUUACCUGAUUUUCCCUAUAAAGAUGACCUCCUGGCAUUGGACUCCAGCUGCCUCCUGUUCAUUGUUCUUGUGUUCUUUGCCUUGUUCAUCAUUUUUAAGGCUUAUCUGAUUAACUGUGUUUGGAACUGUUAUAAAUACAUCAACAACAGAAACAUGCCGGAGAUUGCUGUGUACCCAGCCUUUGAGGCACCUCCACAGUAUGUUUUGCCAACCUAUGAAAUGGCAGUGAAGAUGCCUGAGAAAGAACCACCACCUCCUUACAUACCUGCCUGAAGAAAUUCUGCCUUUUUCAAUAAACCCUAUACCAGCUUUUUGUCUUGUUCAUUUUACAGAAUGCUGCAACACAGGGCUCAUCAUACUUGUUUGAUACAAAGUUCAUUUUCCUUUGUUUAAGCAUUUAUUUUCAAACACUAACAAGCUUUUUGGAUAGUAUUAAAAUUCAGAUUUUGUUGUUGUUAUGUAUGUUACAUUUUAGUAGUUUUUGAAGACAAUCUAGGUUAAGCAAGAGCAAAGUGCCAUUGUUUGCCUUUGAUUGGGGGUGGGUGGGAAGGGGGCAUUCUCUACACAUAUUCUUUUUUAACUUUGCACUUUCUUUAUAUAAUAGUUUGCAUUUUGGUUAUUUGCUGCCCUGGAUACUUUCAGGAAGAAUGAAUUAAAUAUUCAGGGUGAAUGAGUUCAGUUUAAGAUCUGAAGUUUUCAGCUAUGAAAAUAUGAAAAAUAUAUAACAUUUUAACUUGACUGUGGAAGAUGAUGGUUGCAUGUUUCUAAUUUGUAUGUGUUUCCAUCUUUGAGAUAAGAUGCUUUAAUAAAUCUCUUAAAUAUU